AUGGCUGAGGACCUGCCAAGUUGGGCAUGGAAAAAUGUGAAAAAAAGGCCAGAAAGAAAACCUGAUUCAACUGGAAGCGGUAGUUCCAAAAUGGUUGUAAGGCACCUGAAAUUCCUCGACUCCUUGAAGACUUCUGACAAAGAGAAUUUCCUCCCAGCUGUAAUGAAGAGAAGUAGAGAGAAGUUGUGGACUUUCAGCCAGGUGGACUUUCAGCCAGCUUUCAUAGAGCCAGCUGUAUCAUCUGCCUGCAAAGGCUUGUGCCAAGGAGUUGGAUCCAUGGAAGCGUACGACCGGGUGGCAAAGGUGGUGGCUCCAAAACAUCAAGAACUCAGGAAAGAGGAAGGGUUGCUCACUCUACUGAUGCAGAAGCUCAAUACGGACAGAGACGAACUAAAGAAAGUAAUUGACCGCCUCCGGGACCUGAACAAUGAACUGGAAUCACUUAAUAACCGGAAGAAAGAGCUUGAAAACAACAUUGAGGAAGGCUCUCAGAAGCUGGAAAGGGCUGAAAAGAUGAGCUUGGGAGGAAAGGAGGAUUGGGGCACGGAAGCAGCAAGCUAUAAUCUUUCCAUUAUCGAGGUGUCUGACUCCACUUACGUAAGGACUUUGGAGAAUGCCAUCCAGUUUGGAACCCUAGUCUUGCUUGAAAAUAUCGGCGAGGAAGAGUUGGGUGCCCUCUCAGAGCCAGUGCUGCUAAUGGCAACUUUCAAACAGCAGGGUGUAGAGUACAGGAGACUGAGAGAGAACGUUAUUGAGUACUCAAGCAAUUUCAAGUUUUUACUCAAUGGAUUUCAAGUGGAAUACUACUUGGAGGAGUCUGACCACGUCACCAAGGAGCCCAUGUCUCUGGUUAUGUUGAAACAGAAACGGAGAAAAUGGUGGUUCUCUUAG